UGAUCAUUCUAUCCAUUUUUUAAUGUUGAUCUUGAAAAGUGUUUUACUAUGUUGAUUUUGGCUACUAACGUUACUGCAUUGCAAUGUAACGGCUGCCGUGGGUGCGCUCGUAAGAGGGAGGCAGAUUCGAUUGAUGAUGCCGAAACAGGAGUGUUCGCUGAGUGGUGGAACCUGCCUAUCCCACCCUUGGUUUCGAACUAUGAAGGAACGUUCAGUGACGUCGGCGUUGUCUACAACAAGGAAGACAAGGGUGAAUAUUAUAAGAAGCCUGAGGGGGCAUACGGAGUGGUGGUUAAGGCAAACACACGGCUUGACUGCCGUUGCAGGCUGGCACCUGGACGGUCAUGAAGGACCUUGGCAAUUAUACGGUGAGCAAGAGAAUGGCACUAUUGCGUACUAUUUCCUCGGAGAUACCGAGACUGUCUUUAUCGGAUUGGUAUGAUUCGAAUAAAAGGUAGUGUUCAGUGGCCACACGGUAGGGAUCGAU